AUGGCUUACUCUGGGCAUCUUUCCCUUGGAACGGAUCAGUUGAUCUCCUUCGCGGGCUGGUUCUUCCUGGGCCGUGCAGUCAACUGGCUCCAGCACAUUUACUACUCCCUCACCAUCCGCGCCGGCAGCCGCAAGCCCGCCCCCGGGAGCCCCCAAUACCUCUCCCACCGCCGCACGAUCCACAUCACCGUCGUAGUCCUCUACCUCCUCUACACCAUCUACGAAGCGGACUGGCAGCUCCAGCGCACCGGGAAUUUCUACCGCCUCCUCUCCAUCCCCCUCGACGCAGACGAGCGCACCAUCCAGUCCCGCUUCCGCCGCCUCGCCGCACAGUUCCACCCGGACAAGCUCCCCCCAACCCUCACCCCCGCCGCCUCCGCCGCCGCAAAUGCGCACUUCGUGCGCCUGCAGCUCGCACGCGACACCCUUGUCUCCCCCGCUAGACGCUUCGCGUACGACCGCUUCGGGCCGGACGUCCUGAUGCCCGGGUGGAGCAACUGCAUCACGGUGCACGACUUCGUCUCCUUCGGCUUCCUGCACCUGUGCCUGCCCUUCUACCUCAGCACCGGCGCGUUUAUGCUCCUGGCCAACCUGCUCGGCUACAUGGCAUGGGGCCGGUACUGGCGCUGGCUCGCCUUCGCCUCCAUGGCCGCGUUCGAGGCCCGCGUGCUCAGCGCGCCGGAGCUGCCGUUCGUGGUCGCGCGGGUGCUGAACCCGCUGUUCGGCGUGCUGGGCCACCCGGCGUAUCUCCCCUUCCAGGCGAUUGUCGUGGCAAGGAAGGUGCUGGUCGCGGUGUUUGUGGCGUCGCAGCAGGUUGCGCCGCUGCUGAGGCCGGUGACGAAGACGCAGAUGAGCGAGGCGGAGAGGUUGCAGAUGUUGGUGGCGAGGCAAGAGGUAUUGGUCAUGGGGGCGCAUAUGAAACUGGGGGAGUUGUUGGAGGAGGAGUUGAGGCCGUUCAUGGGAGAUGGAGAGGCGUUGGUGGAGUUGCAGGCGAAGCUUAGGGAGAGGCAUGUGCGGAAUGCUAUUGAGGGGGAUGCGGAGGUUAUCGCGGCGGCUAAGAGGGCGAGGGCUGGGGUUGAGGGCCAUGCGAACGGGACGGUGCCGCAUGGAGAGCUAGAAGUGCCCCUGGAGGUGGAUAGUUAG